GGGAUAACGCAACUGGUGUGCUUCGUGUCAUCGCACACGCUGAUCUAACUUUUGCGUGAGCAGUUCAGAAAACACACCAAUCGAGGAAGAUCUUAUUUCUUUUUAAAUGAUGAAUUGGAUCGUGAAAGAAUAGAGCAAAAGCAAAAGUUUCCAGUGUCGAUUACGUGCAUGAUCGAUUGCGUGCAACUCUGCACGAAUUCAAGGAAAACGUUGGAAAACGCACGUUCACGUGCUUGCAAUUGACCAAUCAAAUCAAAUUAGACACACUCUUCCGAAGUUUUUCACACAUUGGAUUUAGGUUUUUGUGCAUAUUCUGCAAGUCCUUUGAGUUUAUCUAUAAAUCUCUGGAGAGACCAGAUAUAAAGAAGGGUUUUCCGCUACGUGAUGGCUUCAAAACUCCCACCAAACUUCCCAGUGAUCAAAGGAAAGUUUGAAGAGCUGCCCGUUAAGGUGCAAGACUUCGUUGCCGAUAAAGUCAAACUGUGCAACCCAGACGAUCUGUACAUAUGUGAUGGAUCCAAGGAAGAGAACGAAGCACUCGUCAAGUUACUUAUGGAGGAUGGAAUUCUAACUCCCCUUUCAAUGCACGACAACUGUUAUGUUGCCCGCACUGAUCCACGUGAUGUGGCACGUGUGGAAUCUAAAACGUACAUUUGUACGGAGCGCAAGGGAGAAUCCAUCCCAGCAGCAAAGGAUGGAGUUGAAGGCCGGCUGGGUAAAUGGAUGAGUGUCAAGGACAUGAAUCAAAUACUUGGAGAAAGAUUUCCAGGCUGCAUGAGAGGCCGCACCAUGUAUGUUAUGGCAUUCAGUAUGGGUCCAGUUGGAUCUCCUGUGUCAAAGAUUGGCAUCCAAGUCACAGACUCAGCUUACGUUGUCUGCUGCAUGCGCAUCAUGACCAGAAUGGGGAGUCAUGUGUUCAAAGUUCUUGGAGACCAUAAUUUUGUAAAGUGUCUUCACUCAGUUGGUGUGCCUAAAGCUGAACAAGCUCCUGGCUGCAAGUGGCCAUGUGACCCAGACAGGACUGUCAUUGCACAUUUUCCUCAUGAUCGUGAAAUCAAAUCAUUUGGAAGUGGUUAUGGAGGAAAUUCUCUCUUGGGAAAGAAGUGUUUUGCUCUACGGAUUGCCAGCACAAUUGGUCGUGAUGAAGGCUGGUUUGCAGAGCACAUGCUGAUCAUGGGCCUUACCAAUCCCAAGGGAGAGAAGAAGUACAUCACUGCAGCCUUCCCAAGUGCCUGUGGUAAAACUAACCUAGCCAUGAUAACACCAACAAUUCCAGGAUGGAAGGUUGAAUGUGUUGGUGAUGACAUUGCUUGGAUGUGGUUUGAUGAAGAAGGACAACUGAGAGCGAUUAAUCCAGAAAGUGGCUUUUUUGGAGUUGCUCCAGGAUCAUCAUAUCUGACAAAUCCAAUUGCAAUGAAGACUUUUCAAAAGGACACGAUUUUCACCAAUGUGGCAGAAACUAGUGAUGGUGACUUUUUUUGGGAAGGUUUGCCCCUGCCAGAUCCUCUGCCAGAAAUAACCUCCUGGCUUGGAGAGAAAAACUGGAAGCCUGGUAAUAGCAAGGCAGCGCAUCCCAACUCGAGAUUCUGUGCACCAAGUGAUCAUUGUCCGAUCAUGGACAAAGACUGGGAGAACCCCAAGGGUGUUCCCAUAAGUGCCAUACUAUUUGGUGGUCGACGCCCCCAGGGAGUUCCCUUGGUCUACCAGACAUUUAAUUGGCAGCAUGGGGUCUUUGUUGCCUCAUCCAUGUCAUCUGAGGCUACUGCUGCAGCAGAGCACAAGGGUAAAACUGUCAUGAGAGACCCUUUUGCCAUGAGGCCCUUCUUUGGAUACAAUUUUGGCAAAUACAUGGAGCACUGGUUGGGGAUGGAGAAGCCAAACCGCAAAAUGCCAAAGAUUUUUCAUGUCAACUGGUUCCGUGUGGAUGAAAAUGGUCAUUGCUUGUGGCCAGGGUUCGGAGAGAACUGCCGUGUUCUGGAAUGGGUACUGAGACGCUGUGAUAAUGAAGAUGUGGCAGAUGUGACUCCAGUUGGGUACAUCCCUAAACUGGACUCCAUUAACGUUGACGGCCUUGCAGAAAAGCCAGACAUGGAAAAGCUGUUUGACAUCCCCAAAGACUAUUGGCUGGAGGAAUGUCAGUAUCUACGCAAGUACUACGCGGAACAGUUGGGAACUGAUCUGCCUCAAGCGGUACUUGAUGAGCUGAAUGCACUGGAAGAGCGUCUUAAGGCUGCUUAAGCUAACCACUGCCAUGGAAAGACUAAGCAACUGCUGCAUUCACACACCAUUGUCGUUGAUUCUUAUCAUACAGAUAUUUUCUUUGAUCGCUUUGACUGGUUGUUGUCAUCAAGAGCUUUUACUGUGCUAACGAAAGUUGUUUUGACAAUUUAGUCUUAUACAAUCCAGGGAACCAGCAAAUUGUAUUUCUGGAUAGUUUGUAGGUUGAAAAAUCUUUAAAAAAAAAAGAUGAAAAAAGUUAGUUGGUGCAUGAGCUUUACAAAGUACGCACUAAUGUAAUCUUUAUAUAACAGAGAAAACUGUUAAAUAAAAGCACUUUAGGAUGAAUUAAA